AUGCCGCCCCCUACUCUAGUGUCCAGGCUGAAAGUACAGCUUAAGCUGUCGAUAUCACGCCUGCGCAUGACGCAGCAGAAGGAUACAGCGCUCGCAAAGCAAUCGCGACGCCAGAUGGCGCAACUGCUCGAACAAGGCAAAAUCGAAUCCGCCAAAAUCCGCAUCGAGAACAUCAUCCAGCAAGACAUCACGACCGAGCUGCACGAGAUCCUCGAGCUGUACUGCGAGCUGCUGCUCGCGCGGUCCCAACUGCUCGACCCGCCGAGCUCGUCCUCGCCGCUGCUGCGCCCCACGUCGCCGUCACACUCGGCACAAUGCGACCCGGGUCUCGAGGAGGCCGUCCGCAGCCUCAUCUACGCCGCGCCGCGCACCGAGGUCAAGGAGCUACACUCGGCACGCGCGCUGCUGGUCGAAAAGUUUGGCAAGGAAUUUUCGCUGAGCGCGAUGGAAGGCGAGGGCGUCGCCGAGCGCGUGCUCAAGAAGCUCAAGGUCGAGACUCCCGCACCCGCCCUCGUCGACGCGUACAUGCACGAGAUCGCGCGCGCGUACGGCGUGCACAUACCGGGCGAGCCUGAGGAGGCGGAGGAGGACGACGAAGGCGGCGCGGACGACGACGAACCGGGCGAUGGGGAGAAGGUCAAGGCGCUGGAGGCGCCGCUCGAAGCGGAAGACUUGACCAAGGCCACGCCGCCGAAGAAGUUGGGUCCCGCAAGCCCGUUGAGGAUUGCCCCGCCGAGUCCCAGCUCGGAGAAUGUGGCGCCGAAAGUCAAACUUCCGGGGCCACCGGAGUUGAAGCCAGGUGGGAAGUUAAAGAAGGUGGAGGAGGAGGGUAAGAAAAAGAAAGACGAGGGGCCGGGGGGAAAGAUACCCGAUGUGGAUGAGUUGGCGAAGAGAUUUGCGGCGUUGAAGAGGUAG